UAAACACACACAAAUCGAAUUACAUAUAACGAAUUGUUAAAUCGGACGUGAAAUCAAUUAAUUAAAUCCACUCUAUCUCUCCACUCCUCGCGUCCGAUCUCACUCUCUCUCUCCUCUCUACUCCAUCACAAACAAACAACUCAGCUCUCUCUCUCAUCUCACAAGUCAAACUCUAUCUUCACCGUUUCUCCGCCGCGCGAAUCGGCUUCCGAUGACCAUGACGACGGAGGAGAAACCAACCACCGAUGGCCGAGGCUGGGGUAUCUUCAAAAUCCCGUUUCGAAACUCUCACGGAAACGCCUCUAGUGCCGCCACGUCUCCGUUUCCAUCGGGAGCUUCUUCUUCCUCUUCUUCUCAUCAUAUCCACAACCACCACCAUCACCACCACCACCACCAUCAUCAUGGUGGCUACAACGGGCCACACGGCGACGGAUCGGGUCAAAAUCAGCACCCGACUCCUUCGCCUUCGGUAUCGUCCGUCGCUAAGUCGCUUCUGCCUGUAAAACGCAGAUUGAAGCUUGAUCCGUCCGAGAAACUCUACUUCCCUUAUGAGCCUGGGAAGCAAGUAAGGAGCGCUAUUAAGAUUAAAAACACCAGCAAAUCACAUGUAGCGUUCAAGUUUCAAACAACUGAGCCGAAGAGUUGCUUCAUGCGUCCACCGGGUGCUAUUCUUGCUCCUGGAGAGACUAUUAUCGCCACUGUUUUCAAGUUUGUUGAGCCUCCUGAGAAUAAUGAGAAGCCAAUGGAUCAGAGGAGCAGGGUUAAGUUUAAAAUCAUGAGCCUGAAGGUUAAAGGUCCAAUGGACUAUGUGCCUGAGCUGUUUGAUGAGCAAAAAGAUGAUGUGUCCAAGGAGCAAAUAUUGCGUGUUAUCUUCUUGGAUCCAGAACGUCCGAACCCUGCACUGGAGAAACUGAAGCGUCAGUUAGCCGAAGCGGAUGCAGCAGUGGAGACGAGAAAGAAACCACCAGAGGAAACAGGUCCAAAGAUGAUUGGAGAAGGACUUGUGAUCGAUGAAUGGAAGGAGCGACGAGAGAGAUAUCUUGCACAGCAACAAGGCGAAGGAGUUGAGUCUGUCUAAGAACUAAAAAGAAGAUCCUUCUCAGAACAAAAACUAGUGUGUGUGUGUGUGCUUGUGAAGAAAGAAGAAGAAGAAGAGACCACUAUAUUCAAUUCCUCCCUGCUAACUUCAAAAUUCAUAAUGCAAUCUAAGGAUGAUGUUGGUAUAAAAGAAACAUUUUCAUGUAAAAAAAAAUGUAAACGUGGGGUUUGAUAAAGAAUUGUUCAUGUUAAGAC